UCGUUAGAAUAAAAAUAAUAGCUGGCUUAAAUAUCAAUGCAUAGAUAGCUAGUUUUGGAGGUCGUUUGGGCAGCACUUGUUUUGGUAAUGAGUACAUGCUCAAACGCUUCGUAUAAAAGGAUCCGUCACCGUGUGUUAGGCAUCAGUUGAUCCAACUAGUUCAGUUCGACAACAACACAGACCACAAUGUUCAAGCUGGUGGUGUUGCUCUCAGUCGCGGCGUUGGCGGCCGCUAAGCCCAGUGUGGUGGCGGCGCCUCUGGCGUACACCGCGGUGGUGCCCGGCAGCAGCUCGGUCUCGCAGUACAGCUCCAGCGUGGUGCACGGCUCCCCUGCCGUAUACACUGCCCCUGCCGUGUACAGCGCCCCUACCGUGUACGCCGCUCCUUCCGUGUACACCGCACCUUCCGUGUACAGCGCUCCUGCCGUCUACGGUGUGGCCGCCCUCGCUCAAGCCCCUCACUCCCCCGCCGUCGUCCUGGAUGCCGUAAACGGUGUGCCUCUUGACACUCCUGAGGUCGUCGCUGCCCGCACUGCUCACUACCAAGCCAAGGCUCUCUCCGGGGUGCACCAUCUCCGCAAGCGGUCUGUUGGUUUAGCUCCCGUGGCCUACAGCUCGGUAGUAUCUCCCGUAUCUUACUCCAGCCCCCUGGCCUACCACUCCCCCGUCGUCUCCGGUUACUCCACUCCCGUCGUGUCGGCGUACUCCUCCCCCGUGGUCUCGGCCUACUCUCCUCUCGCCUACUCUUCUGUGUACCCCAAAGCUUACAGCACCUCCGAGAGCUCCAUGGCUAAGACCUCCAUAGCCCAGUCCAGCGUGGCCGAGUCCUCCAUGACCGAAGCCGCCGUAGCCAUAACCUCCGUAUCCAUGUCCCCCAUACCCAUGACCAGCGUAUCCAGACGCAACGACUCGCUCGACAGUCGCGGCCAAGAACUUGAACCCGUUGUGCCUGCACUACGUAACAUCUACCGUUAUGCGGUUAUAAAACAGCAUCCCAUCUGCCUUUGGAACACACUUCGGUUUGAAUUAAGUAACAAGAUGAUCAAACUAAUAACCCUAGUGAGUGUUAUGUGUAAUGUGCGUGGACAAAUAUUUCCAUUGAUAUACGCAGCGCCGAGUGCAGUAUCUCAUCAAUCCAGAAUUGAUAUCAAGCAUAGUCCUAGCUUCAUAUCCAGCCCUUUAAUAUACAGUCCCGCGGCGACAUUGUAUGAACACCAAAAGUCUAUUGAGAGGCCUCGCCAAACAGUGAUAACUCCUGUAUUUACCAGCGACACAAUACUAACACCUGUUGCUGUGAGUUUCUUCCAUAAUUUACCAUUGGCCCGAGCUCUCGAACACCCCAUCUCAAUAGAUAAAGUACAACAAGAGUCUGCUCAGGAUGAUAGCUCCAUGGUACAAAAUAUGGAAGCUCUCAAAGAAAAUUCUCAAGAAAUAUACGGUACUAUAAUAACAGAGGCGUCAAAUCAACGAGAUCAAAACACGGAAGAUAAACAAAAGGUUCCUGAUAACAACUACGUAAUCGUUGCGUACGAUGAUAACAAUCAAGUUACUACGGAGGUACCGAAAAUGGACGAGAAUCAGAACCCUUAUUACAUUAAUAUAAAAAGCCUUCGCUACCGAUCAACAGCAUCAGUGCAUCUAUCAUCCUACAACAUGUUGAAGCUUGUGGUUUUAUGUAGCGUUCUGGCCGCGGCCGCCGCCUCCGCGCCCUUCGCGCCCCUCGCCUACACGGCGCCCCUCGCCUACUCGACGGCACUGCUGACCCCCUUCGGCAGUAACUACAGAGGGCCGCUGUCCCUCGCCCCCGGCCAGCCCGCCAACAUCCUGGCCGCUGACGGCAGGCCCCUCGACACCCUGGACGUGAACCUGGACCGCUCUGCUCACUUCACUGCUAAGGCUCUCAACGGCGGUCUGCACUACCUGAAGAAACGCUCAGCUCCCCUGAUCGCACCUUACGCCAGUCUUGCGGUCACCGCUCCCCUGGCCGCAUACGCCGCACCCCUCGCUUACGCGGCCCCCAUUGUGGCCCCCUCUAACUACAGAGGCCCUCUGUCUCUCGCCCCCGGCCAGCCCGCCAACAUCUUGGCCGCUGACGGCAGGCCCCUCGAUACCUUGGACGUGAACUUGGACCGCUCUGCUCACUACACCGCUAAGGCAUUGGAAGGUGGUCUGCACUACCUGAAGAAACGCUCCGCUCCGUUCGCCGCUGUCACCCGCGUUGCCUACACCUCUCCUCUGAUCGCUCACAGCGCUCCGCUCGCAUACUCUGCUCCCGUUGUCUCCCAUGUGGCGCCCAUUUCCUACGCUGCUACACCCAUUGCACAAUACGCUGGUGGACUUCACUUCAUCAAGAAACGCUCCGCUCCGUUCGCACCAAUCACCCGCAUAGGAUACACCUCUCCCCUGAUCGCUCACAGCGCUCCGCUCGCAUACUCUGCUCCCGUCAUUUCACCUGUGACGCCAAUUUCCUACGCUGCGACACCCAUCGCACAAUACGCUGGAGGUCUUCACUUCAUCAAGAAACGCUCCGCUCCGUUCGCUCCAAUCACUCGCAUAGCAUACACCCCUACCCUGGUGUCUCACAGCGCUCCUCACACGUUCACGGCUCCCUUUGUCUCCCAUGCGGCGCCUAUAUCCUACGCUGCUGCACCUUUCGCUCAUUACACUCAUUUCUAAUUGACUUGACGCAACCACCGAUGAAAAAUAAAUAUUUUUUGACCAACCUUUUCUUGUUUUUUUUUCUGCCGAGACUUCCUAACUAUAAGCAAAUAUACAGAAAAAUUCAAAAGCUGUGCAAUAAAAAUAUUUACUUGGA